AUGGAAAUCCUUCGUUGGAAUGAAGACUUGAAAAAACAUUGCCGCCGUCCCCUUUCACUUGGCCGCGACGCCACCUCAUCAGUUAGUACAAAAGUGGUGCCGCAAAUCACCGAUGAUGCUGCGGUCACUAAGAUCCCCAGCGAGUUCUUUGCAAGACUGAAAAUGAGAUUGUCGACGCGACUUGGUCAAGUAGACCCCACUGGCGAGCAAGACUUUUGGUCUUGGGCCUUGUCGCCAAACCACAUCCGGUUGAGCCAGUCAUCGCAUGAGCUUAUUCCACCAUUGUUGACUUUGUCAGGUUCUUGA